GUCACCGUUGGGUCUGAAAAUUAAUCAGAAAGACCUAAAGAUAAUCCUAAGAUUUCUGCUAAAGACAAAAGAUGAGGGGGAUGUCUCGGGCAAUUGUUAUGAUUGCUCGAUCUUGCUCGAGAGGAACGCAUCCAGUCGAUCGUAGCAUACCACCGUUUCUCUCGUCGACGAUGGCUCGUAUGUACUCCACAGAAAUGGAACCUCAGCUGUCUCCAGAUCUUAUCAAGAUAAUGGAUCAGAGACUAUCGGCGAUAGAACAUCGAAAUGCUUUUCUUCAGAGGCUUAUUAACCAGCCUGAGUACUCACAAGAAGAGUUUUCAAGAGCUAACAAGGAACUCCGGAAGCUGAGAGAGUCUAUGGAGCUGAUCACUGAUUUGAGGGCCAUACAAAAGGAGAUUGAUGGGUUGAAAUCUCUGGUCUCAGAGAGCUCGGAUGACAAGGACAUGCUUGAUAUGGCUUUAAGUGAAUUAGAUGAGGCCUUGGAAGAAGAAAAAAGACUGCAGACAUUGCUUCUUAAGUCUCUGCUUCUUAAAGAUGAAGCUGAUGAAAGGGAUUGCAUUUUGGAGGUGAGAGCAGGUACUGGUGGAGAAGAGGCUUCUUUGUUUGCCAUGGACAUAUUCAGAAUGUACGAAAGGUACUCACAGAAGAAAGGUUGGAAGUUUGAAAUUGUAGACAUCACCGAGUCAGAUAUGAAAGGAUAUAAAGAAGCCAGUGCGGCGAUUUGUGGAGCCAGUGUUUACGGUAAACUUAAGUUCGAGAGUGGAAUUCACAGGGUUCAGCGUAUUCCAAUCACAGAGAAAUCUGGACGUAUUCACACCAGCGCUGUAUCUGUUGCCAUCCUUCCCCAGGCUGAUGAGGUAGAUGUUCAGCUAAGGAAUGAAGAUUUGAGGAUUGAUACUUACAGGUCUGGCGGCUGCGGUGGUCAACAUGCCAACACAACGAAUAGUGCAGUCCGAAUAAUCCAUCUUCCAACGGGGAUUAUGGUCUCGAUCCAAGACGAAAGAUCACAACAUAUGAACAAAGCCAAAGCACUUAAAGUACUCUGUGCAAAGCUCUACGAGAUCGAAAGGUUGAGAUUACAGAGCAGUCGAUCAAAGCUACGGUCAGAACAGAUUGGCAGUGGAGACCGAUCCGGACGUAUCCGUACGUACAACUUCCCACAAGGGCGUGUGACAGAUCACCGUGUGGGAAUCACUCACCACGCCAUUGAAGAUAUGAUGCAGGGAGAGAAUCUGGACUCCUUCAUCGAUGCCCUUCUCUUGCGCCAAGAAAUGGAUGCCAUUGCUUCAUUCAGCUCCACUUGAUGAACAUAGAGCAAAGCCCUUAGGUGUCACAAGGGCGUUAGCAGUAGAAAUAAAAUCCAUUGAAAGAAAAGAUGUGAAAAAUUGAAGGAGAAAAAGAGAGAAGAGAGAAAGAGGGAGCCAGGGAAGAGGCAGUGCAUGGGAAGAGACAAAACACAGUCGUUUGAUGUUUUAGUAAACUCAAUCCAUGCUCUGCUUGUUCCCUGUCUGUCUCGUUACCAUUUUGUCUUCUUCUUUCAUUUGCAAGACCGAUGAUUAAAGAAAGGGUUACGGCUUACCCUUUGAACUUGGC